AUGUUUCGUAGAGCUUUGUUAAAUGCACCCCGCGUUGCCGGUAGAGCAUUAUCGGCAAACAAUCACUCCGCCACCGGACCUCUAUCUGCUCAACUUGCAUCACCGUCUUUCAUUGCUGGCCGUAGAUCAUAUCAUGAAAAAGUCCUCGAUCAUUAUUCGCGGCCGCGAAAUGUUGGCAGUAUGUCGAAGACGGACACUGAUGUAGGAACUGGGCUGGUCGGCGCACCAGCAUGUGGCGAUGUUAUGAAGUUGCAAAUUAGGGUGGAUCCAAAUACGAAUACUAUCUCCGAUGUGAAAUUUAAGACAUUUGGUUGUGGUUCGGCCAUCGCCUCUUCUUCAUAUUUGACGGAACUGGUUAGAGGAAUGACACUUGAGGAGGCCGGUCGAGUGAGAAAUACAGAAAUUGCGAAGGAGCUAUGCCUUCCGCCUGUGAAGCUUCAUUGCUCUAUGCUUGCUGAAGAUGCCAUCAAAUCUGCCAUUUCGAAUUAUUACACCAAGAACCCCCAAUCACAAUCUACUAACCUCGGAGGCACUGGUGCAUCCAUGCCAAAGAUUGAUGCGGAGACAGUGAUGGAAACCGCACAGUCUCAGACUGCAACUGUCUAA